CGCGCUGCUCGGGUGUGAGCGCGUGCUGUCGGGCUCGGGCCGUUAGAUCGCGCGAGCCUGCCCUGCAUUUGUGCAGACGCUGUCCGACUCGCGCUGUAGUCGACAAAGACCAGUUGUUUUAUUGCUCGAUUUUGCGUUGCGUUUCCAAAAUGCAGCCUGGGUUAGUGUAUCUGGUAGCAGUGUGUGUGUGGACGGUAGGGGCGAGCUCGCUCGUGCGCCCGGAGGAGCCGUGUGUCGCCCCGCUGCAGUGGGAGGGCCGGCGCGUGCAGUAUGACCACAGCACCGGGAGAAACACGCGCGCCGCUGUGGCGUACGACGCACAGAACCAGCGCAUAAGACUGUUAGAGCAGAAGACAGGACACACACCGUGCAAGAAGUUCUUUGAAUACAUCUACCUGUUUAAGAGUGGCGUGUUAUUCCAGAUUGAGCAAGUCACCAAGGCAUGUGCUAAGCUUAAUUUGACUGAGCCCUGGGACCCGUAUGACAUCCCAAUGAACUCCACAUAUGAGGAUCAGUAUUUCAUUGGUGGGCCUGGAGAUAUGAUUGAGGUUCAAGAGUGGUCUGACCGAAAGCAAGCUCGCAAAGAUGAGACCUGGGUGGGAGUUUACACCUUGAAGGACUGCUACCCGGUGCAUGAGACCUACACCAAGAACAGCAGCGUGACCACCUCCACUCGCAUCUUUGACCUAGAACUGGGCAUCAGUGACCCUGAAGUGUUCACCCCACCCAGCACCUGCAUGUCGGCUCUGCCUGAACGUAUGGCCUCUGACUGCUGAACCUUUUCUUCAAUCUUUUAGUCCAUCACUUUUCUGCAAUCUGCACAGAUGGAUGAAAGGCAUAACAUACACACAGUAGGUUUUCUAGAUGGAUAGCUGCUUGUUGAGCUAAUAUGUCAUUGAGAUAGAAUGAAGAAUAGGCGUAACUACCAGGAAAGCACAACUGUACCUUUAUGCACUAAGGACCUCAUAUUCAAGACUGAAUAAGAGGGUAUAUGGCAUUUCUAGUUCUUCAACUUUUAUUUAACUUUAUUAACAUGUACUAAAUAAAUUGUGCCUCAAAUUUAAACAGGAAUACAUUCUAAACAAAAUGUAAAACAUGGAAAGUCAACCAUGGUUGUUACCUGUUGCUAACCUAAGCUUAUUUCUGCAUUGUGCCCCCAUAUACCCACAUAUUUGAACUUAUGUUUAUUUUAUGAAGUGCAAACCUGCAUCAAACCUGACACAUGUAAGGUGAAUGGUUCUCUUAAAUCAAAAUUUUUGGUUAUUUGUUCAACUGAUAGCCAUUACUGAUUUGCUUUGAUUUGUGUAUCUUAUUUAAUAUGGCUGCUUUAAUGGUCAUUAAUCCAUGCUAUAAAUCCAUGACACAAGACAAUAAUAAAACAAUAUUACCAAAGGAAUUAUA